UUCAGAAGACUUCACUUUCCUCGGCUUUGGCAAAGGACCGGCCCCUAAAUUAUGAGUGUGUGUGUGUGUGUGUCCCUAUCCAUUUUCUGGGGUAUCCGCGCUUCUUUGGGAGUGAAAUUGCUCGGGCUGGUGCGUCUGGUCUUUGAGUGUGCCCGCCUGCCAGUGCCGGCUGCUGGAGGAAGAAAGGCUGCUAAGGAGAGAUGCUGCACCCUGCACCGCUCUGGGGCUUGAGGAUUCAGGGCGCGAAGAGCUAAGUUCACCCGGAAAGCAGCGCUGCUGGGGAUCCAGGCGUCCCCACCCACUGGGCUCCGCUCCGCGGUCAUCCUUCCUCCUGGUAAUCCCUGGGGUCUCCCCCAAGGCCACGCGCUAGGUGGGGACAUUUGCAAUGCUGCCAUCCUACAACAUGCUGCAAUUACAUCUCUCACCCACCUUUUCAAUGGGAUUUCAUCUGUUGGCCAUGGUGGCCCUCUUGUUUUCUCACGUGGACCAUAUAAGUGCUGAGACUGAAAUGGAAGAAGGCAAUGAGACCAGCGAGUGUACUGGUUCCUAUUACUGUAAGAAAGGGGUGAUUUUACCCAUUUGGGAGCCCCAGGACCCUUCCUUCGGGGACAAAAUUGCUAGAGCUACUGUGUAUUUCGUGGCCAUGGUCUACAUGUUCCUUGGUGUCUCUAUCAUUGCCGACCGGUUCAUGUCCUCUAUAGAAGUCAUCACAUCUCAAGAAAAAGAAAUAACCAUAAAGAAGCCCAAUGGAGAGACCACCAAGACAACUGUGAGGAUCUGGAAUGAGACGGUCUCUAACCUAACCUUGAUGGCCCUGGGAUCUUCAGCUCCAGAGAUUCUCCUUUCAGUCAUUGAAGUGUGUGGCCAUAACUUCACAGCCGGAGACCUUGGUCCUAGCACCAUUGUGGGAAGUGCUGCAUUCAAUAUGUUCAUCAUCAUAGCACUUUGUGUUUACGUGGUCCCAGAUGGGGAGACAAGGAAGAUUAAGCAUUUGCGUGUGUUUUUUGUGACGGCAGCCUGGAGCAUCUUUGCCUAUACCUGGCUUUACAUUAUCCUGUCUGUCAUCUCUCCUGGAGUCGUGGAGGUCUGGGAAGGUUUGCUUACAUUCUUCUUCUUUCCUAUCUGUGUUGUGUUUGCUUGGGUGGCAGAUAGGAGGCUUCUGUUUUAUAAGUAUGUCUAUAAAAGGUACCGAGCUGGCAAGCAGAGAGGAAUGAUUAUUGAACAUGAAGGAGAUAGACCAUCUUCCAAGACUGAAAUUGAAAUGGAUGGGAAAGUGGUCAAUUCUCACGUUGACAAUUUCUUAGAUGGUGCUCUGGUUCUGGAGGUUGAUGAGAGAGACCAAGAUGAUGAGGAGGCCAGGCGAGAAAUGGCUCGGAUUCUGAAGGAACUCAAGCAGAAGCAUCCAGAGAAAGAAAUAGAGCAAUUAAUAGAAUUAGCCAACUACCAAGUCUUAAGUCAGCAACAAAAAAGUCGAGCAUUUUACCGCAUUCAAGCUACCCGCCUGAUGACUGGAGCAGGCAACAUUUUAAAGAGGCAUGCAGCUGACCAAGCAAGGAAGGCUGUCAGCAUGCACGAGGUCAACACGGAAGUGGCUGAAAAUGACCCAGUGAGUAAGAUUUUCUUUGAACAAGGGACCUAUCAGUGUCUGGAGAACUGUGGUACCGUAGCCCUGACUAUUAUCCGCAGAGGUGGUGAUUUGACCAACACGGUGUUUGUUGACUUUAGAACGGAGGAUGGCACAGCCAACGCGGGGUCUGAUUAUGAAUUUACUGAAGGAACUGUGGUUUUUAAGCCCGGUGAGACCCAGAAGGAAAUAAGAGUUGGCAUCAUUGAUGAUGAUAUCUUUGAGGAGGAUGAGAAUUUCCUUGUGCAUCUCAGCAAUGUCAAAGUGUCUUCAGAAGCUUCAGAAGAUGGCAUCCUGGAAGCCAAUCAUGUCUCUACCCUUGCUUGCCUGGGAUCUCCCUCCACUGCCACCGUGACUAUUUUUGAUGAUGACCACGCAGGCAUCUUUACUUUUGAAGAACCUGUGACUCAUGUGAGUGAGAGCAUUGGCAUCAUGGAGGUGAAAGUAUUGAGAACAUCUGGAGCACGAGGAAAUGUUAUUGUUCCCUAUAAAACCAUUGAAGGCACUGCCAGAGGCGGAGGGGAGGACUUUGAGGACACCUGUGGUGAGCUCGAGUUCCAGAACGAUGAAAUUGUCAAAACUAUAUCAGUCAAGGUAAUUGAUGAUGAGGAGUAUGAGAAAAACAAGACCUUCUUCCUUGAGAUUGGAGAGCCCCGCCUGGUGGAGAUGAGUGAGAAGAAAGCCCUGUUAUUGAAUGAGCUUGGUGGCUUCACAAUAACAGGAAAAUACCUGUAUGGCCAACCUGUCUUCAGGAAAGUUCAUGCUAGAGAACAUCCGAUCCCCUCUACUAUAAUCACCAUUGCAGAGGAAUAUGAUGACAAGCAGCCACUAACCAGCAAAGAGGAAGAGGAGAGGCGCAUUGCAGAGAUGGGGCGCCCCAUCCUAGGAGAGCACACCAAGCUGGAGGUGAUCAUUGAAGAAUCCUAUGAGUUCAAGAGUACCGUGGACAAACUUAUAAAGAAGACAAACCUAGCCCUUGUAGUUGGGACUAACAGCUGGAGGGAGCAGUUUAUCGAGGCGAUUACUGUCAGUGCUGGGGAAGAUGAUGAUGAUGAUGAAUGUGGGGAGGAGAAACUGCCCUCCUGCUUCGAUUAUGUGAUGCACUUUCUGACUGUGUUCUGGAAGGUCCUCUUCGCCUUUGUCCCCCCCACAGAAUACUGGAAUGGCUGGGCAUGUUUCAUUGUCUCCAUCCUCAUGAUUGGCAUCCUGACAGCUUUCAUCGGAGACCUGGCUUCCCACUUCGGCUGCACCAUCGGCCUGAAGGAUUCUGUGACUGCAGUGGUGUUUGUGGCGCUUGGAACUUCCGUGCCAGACACAUUUGCAAGCAAAGUGGCUGCUACCCAGGACCAGUACGCAGACGCAUCCAUAGGUAACGUCACGGGCAGCAACGCGGUGAAUGUCUUCCUGGGAAUCGGCGUGGCCUGGUCCAUCGCUGCCAUCUACCAUGCGGCCAACGGGGAACAGUUCAAAGUGUCCCCUGGCACGCUAGCUUUCUCUGUCACACUCUUCACCAUUUUUGCUUUCAUCAAUGUGGGGGUGCUGCUGUAUCGGCGAAGGCCAGAAAUCGGAGGUGAGCUGGGUGGGCCCCGGACUGCCAAGCUCCUCACAUCCUGCCUCUUUGUGCUCCUGUGGCUCUUGUACAUUUUCUUCUCCUCCCUGGAGGCCUACUGCCACAUAAAAGGCUUCUAAAGGAACAAUCAGAUAUAGUAAAUUUAUAUAUAUAUACAUAUAUAUAUACAUAAAAAUUAUGUAUAACAAACAGAGGAAACUGACAUUUGUCAUGUCCACUUACCUGCUGAUGGAAUCCAGCUUCAAGAGCAUACUCUGUACUAGGGCUGGAGCGAGAACGCAUCACCUCCCGUUCCCAGGGGCAUCGUCACGUUGAACAAGGCAUGGAGGCAGGGCCAUCUUUGCAGCUCAGCCUAGAAGGGCUGUGUUCUCCCCGGGUUCAUAAAUUGUUAAGUCUUUGAUUUGUUUUCUGUUUUUGCUUGUCUGGGGCAGGGGACAAGGAGGUUGCUGAUGUUAAGCUUUUGUUUUUGUUUUGUUUUAUUGAUUUGAGGUGGGGAGAAUCAGGGUUUUUGCUUCUCUUAUGGAGAGUGAUGACCAAUCUAAAUGCAAAUGGGUUUCUGGUAGAAAUGAAAAUCAUUAAGAUUACUCUUUCCCCAACACACUUUAAAAAUUAUUCUGGAGUGAGAAAGGAAAUGGGCAUGGAAGAAGAAAGAAGCAUGUGUUCACCCUGUUACUAAAUUUCAUGCUCACCUCUGGCACGAGAGCAGAGGUGACACUGCCUCCAAGAAGAAAUAUGGGAGCUGGAAUGUAGCCAAGGAAAGAGUCAGUCUGAUAUUUAAAGAUAUGAUACCUGGCACUCUUGUUCAACAGGUAUAGGAAUCACAUGCCUAGAUUCCCAGGAACAUGAAAACCCUUUCCUAUCUCUUUAGCACUGGACUGUGAUUGGCAAGGCCCUUAUUCUGGUGUUCCAGCCCAACUAGCCCCCUCCCCCGCACCGGUUCAGCUCCCAAGCCUCUUCCUCCUGCCCACCAACCCUCCUACAAACAGGAAGAAUAACCCCAUUCUAAAAGCACAUCAUCCUUUUCCAUGCACAUCAGUUCGAGUCUCAGUCCCACACUGGUGUUGCCUGGGAUCGUCCAUCGGUUUUGUUUUCGAAAGCAUCCAUGGCCUGCAUAGCUGUGUCCCAGUCAUGACUGAACAUUUGCUCCUCCUUCAUGUGCCUGUUUGGGAAUGUUGUUGUGAUACCUGUUACACAGUGCAUGGAUGAAAAAUAAAUACAACAAAACAAAGCGUAGCUGUAUAUAGUAGAGUAGAGCAUAUACGUUCUCCCAUUCAGCGACAUUGAUUGGACAUUGAAGACAUCAGUGAGUUUUCCUUUCACCUGAGUUGUCACCUUUGUGUUGUAAUUGAGUUGUAUGAGCGAUAAAAGGAGGAAAUGGUUUGGACCUGCAACCUUCAUGUCUAAGAAGCACUGUAACUGCCCCAUGGGAGGUUAAAGAUGUUGAGAGGACAGCAGGCCAACCAUAGAGUAUCUUCGUGGAGAAGUAGCUAGCCAUGUGGUACACCUGGGAAACCUCUGCAAAACUCCAUUGAUUCAGGAAGGCAAAGGUGAAGGUGCUGUAGAGAAGGGAAGGUAUUAGAUGUGCCGGGCUUUAGAAGCCUCCACUCCCGUGACACUCCUGCCCCCAGAGUAUUUAUUUCACAUCUGCUCUGUCUGGCACAGAUGGUAGAUAGUGCUGGUUUGUUAUUUUAUUUUUUUAUGUAAAAGGCUAUUUGGAGCCCUGUUUCUUUCGCCGUCUGGAUCCCUCCGAUUAUAUCUGCAGUUCCUGAGGAGGAAAGAAGCCACGGUGAGCAAUAGGCCUUUGCAAGUGUGUCUUCUCUACUUAGGACAAAGGAGGAAGCAAUUAUAUGAGCUAAUGUGUACCUCCCAGGAGGAUUGCCCUGGGGGGUGGGGAGGGAUUAACCCUGGAAAAGGAACGGUUCUUUCAUUUUCACAAUAUCAAAGAGCGUGGAUAAACCCAACAUUCCAUCGUCAGGAGUCCAUGAAUGAGGAGAAAUGGAAUGACACAGGUCCCCUCUCAGAUACUUCUCUAAAGAAUCCAAGGCCAGAGCCACCCCUCAGGCCCUCUGUAUUGAUUUAAAGGUAUACUUAACAAUUUUCAUUUCUUAUUUUCUCUUCUGUCACUUAGUAAUCACAAUCAUUCAUCAUUUAAUAAACACUGGGUUCCUGAAUGAAUAAUGAAAUGCUGGUACCCAUUCAACAUGCCAGGUCCUGCAAGAGGUGCUCUCUCUUAGGAACUGAACCACGGAUAAGACAGCCCAGAUCCCUGUCCUGAGGGGGUUCCCUGUUAAGGUGAUGGCCAUUUCUAUAAGCAAGAGCUAACCCAGCCAAAGGGAAACAGUUUGACCUUGCAAGAAAAAGGCAAGUAUGAAACUCUCUUGUCUAAAUAUCUAUGAUUUUUCUUUAACUAGGAGAGUAUAAGGUACAGGUUUUCCUAAGCAUUCUGGGUAUCCUUAGCCAAUCUUACAGAUAUGAACAUCUUUUCAAUUUAAACCAGGUGAGACAAUAUGAUAUUGGUGAUUCAGAUCAAGAGAAGGCCCGGUUAAUCUCAGUUUUUCUCUCUGUUGGACAACAGUACUUUUCUAUGCCUUCUAGAGCUCUACAACUUCUCCUGUAUCCUGCAGCAUCACCCUGGACCACUCAUGGCCCAACACACUGGUGGCACACUCUAACCCAUUUGGGGGAAGAUUUAUUAAAUAGAAAGCUAGCUUAGAAACAUCAAGUAAAUAAUCACAGGAUACGAGUUGUUUAAACAUCAGAAGGACUUUGCACUCCUUUCUAGCCAUAUUUGGAAUGUUAACCAUCCCAUAGCAAAUUUUCACAGAGGACUUUAAGAAAUCCUUGCCAUUGGUCAAUUUCAAGUUCAAAGCUUUUUGGUUUGUUUGCUUUUGAAAUUUUCAUGUUAUAGGGAAAAUAUGAUUCUGGUUGUUCAGGGUUGUAUUAGUCAUUAUAGUUGUGUAAAAAUUUCAUUUUGUUUGAUUAUUUUAUUUUGUGUGUAUUGUGCACAGCUUUAGGGGGGGAGUGCACUAAUUGUGCUGUUCCUUAUAAAUGGUACACAUUAUUGACACAGACAAAUAAAGUUUCUAAUUGUUUCUGACUUAAUCACUAGUGAUACAGCAUAUUCUGUAUGGAAUGUUUUCUCUCUUCUCAUUGUCAUCUACUUCAUCCUUUGUUUUCAUGUUUUGAAGAAAUAAAGACCAAAACGGUAUUAUUGUGCAACUGGUCUCCUCAUCCAAGAGAAAGAAAAUAGAUACUCAGUAUUUACCUUGCAAAUGUCAACCCUUCGGUCAUGCCUUGUUUCCUUUUAAUGUCUCAAGAGAGCAUAGUGUCAGUACAUUCUCUGACACUGUUGAGAUCAAUGUUGGACAUUUCUCACAUUUCACUAAUUGUUUUCUUUCCAUCUUUUGGUACCACUUACCUACAUUCUUUCUGCAUUCAUGAACAUGAACUCAUGAACAGUUCCACAUCAAACCACUGUUUAGCAUGUGGAGUAUUUACUAUAUCAAAUCAAUUCUAAUAAAAAGAAGGGUGUAACUAGGUGCUUCCCCAAGAGAUACUUAAGUAAAUUGCUCUUUUACUAUUGCAUACUGUAUUCCUCCUGAAUCAUUAAUAAUGUGUGUCUAAUUAUGUUAAUUCAUAUGUCAUAAUCAAAACAGUAUAGGAAGAGGUGACACCGGAAAUGAAAUCAGCAUUUGUAGAGAAAAAAAGUGAUCUCUAGUUUGUGUAUCCACUUAAAAGUAUAUGUUACUAUUAAUAGAUUUAGUUCUUACUAAAAUAGAAUCGUCCACUGUGUACAUGUAAUAUUUCAUUCAUCUGAUUGUCCUUAAAAUUUUCUUUGGAAUUCCUGAUUAUACCCAUACAUGGUCAUGUGUGGAAUGCUUUCAUUUAUAAAGAUAAUUGUCUUGGCUCAACAGUUAAUAUAUCUUCUGGGACCCAAUAUUUGGUUUAACACAAAAAUGAGCAGCCAACAUUUACUUCUUUAACAGCAAAAGGAGUAGCCCUGUUUAGCAACUCUUCAGCAAAUGCUGUGGCUCAACAAUUCUAAACUCUUGUAAUUUUAUUCUUUCAAAGAUUCUGAUUCAAGCCUUCCACCAGUGAAGAUUUUAUAGAGCUUGGCUUUUGUGGUUCAGAGCAUAAACACCCUAAGAUAUUUUUUCUUCUUAAAAAAAUGGUGGGGUUUUUUGUUAUUUUAUUUUAUUUUAUUUUCUGAAAACAUGAUGUCUUCAACAACCUGCAGAUAUUCUGCUAGGUGGCUUUUAUCUACCAUGAAAAUUCCUAAUGUGGUACUUUUCCCCCAGUGGUCUCACUUUUAAUAAAAGCUCACCUUACACAUGGUAUGGUCCACAGGGAACUUGAUUCAUUGUUGCUUCCACAGCCCAGGUCCCCUGAUCCUAACCUGUCAAAGUGAGAAUCACCAGUUUGCUCUGAAAACAUCUUAAGAACUCUGUGGAAGCAAUCAGAAAAAAUCACACAUUUCCUCUGAUAGAUGAUAAAGCCCUCCAUUCCCUAAGUGUGAAAAAACCACUUUCUCAAGGAUGUAAACUAGGUCCUUUUUCAAUGUUUCCUGGCUCAAGAUGUGAAGUCCCACUUUUCAUCAUCGUUUUCUGGGUCUGAUCUUGGGCAGUUACAUCCAGAGCAAGUCUUGAAUAGUUUCCUAACUUCAAGAAUAUUUGGCCAUCUCAUUAUCAACCAUGUACAACCCUGGAUCUUACAUGACCUACAAAGGGCACUUGACUUUUGUUGCCAUAAUCACUGCACUUGGCCAAGACAUUCUAGCUGUUAGUAAAGUGGGGAUUUCAAUUGAUAAAUAGAAAUUUAUUAAUUGUAUUACAUAGAAGAGAUAUACAAAAUCAUACUUCUACAGAGAAACAAAAAUGUUACUAUUAGCUUUCGCUCAGAUCUACCUAUAGGUUUUGGUAAGGGAUUCCAUUUCUGCUCUUCUUUUCAACAAUUGUGUUCUUACCACUUCUUAGCCACAUUCAUUGUCUUCCACCCAACGUAUGUGAAGUUUUGGUUAGCUCUGAUUGUACUGGUACUCCACCUUCAAAGGUGGGAAGGAGAAACUAUUGUAAGAGAGAUUUCAUUUUUGAAGUCCCAUCAAGCCAGGGUUAAUCAUCUCCCAAAGCAGAAAAUGUCUUUACCUGUAGGAGUGACCACCAAGUGGUAGGACUCCCAAAGGAGAGAGUGCUUCAGCUUUCCAGCCAACAGAAAUGGGUGAGUAUCUAUCUGUCUAUGGCUUUUUCCCUUCCCGCCAAGAUAUCCAAAAAGAUACAUUCAGAGGUUCUCCCAAUUUUAAUUUUGUCAAAGGUCCUCCAAUCAAGUUUCCUAUGGGACUUUUAAAUUAGCGGUCAUUGUAUAAACUAUUUUAAUGGAUUGAUUGAUUUGUAGCCAUUUUAACUUUAAAAAAGAAACGUAACUUUGUAGUUAGAUUUAUGACCCAUGUCUUUACAGGAAGACUUGCUUGCCUGGAAGUGCCUGGUCAUCAAUGCAGUAUUUCAUAGACGCUUGACUUUCCCAUGAUCUUUUUCAAAGACUCAGAGAGGUAUCCACUUGAGAAUAUGCAACCUUUUUUCUUUUCCCAAUUUCUAACUUUUGUAGUUCUUCCAUGUCCAUUCCCACCACAUUCAUUACCUCAUCAGUGUUCACUAUGCCUCUCAGCAGUAAGGAAAAGACUCAUGCUAAAAAUCCUCUGGGCAUGUGUUUUCUGAAAGUGAAUUUGUCAUUGGAAAAUCAAAUAUAAUGAUGUUCCACCUAGAAAACAGUUACUAGAUCAUAGGGUGGUAUCUCUAUAAAUGUUUAGGACAAGGUUAUAUCCUACAGCUACACACUACAGCAGCAUUGUUCAUUUUAUUCCUCUCUGGAUCAUAAGUUUUUCAUAUGUCAGAGGCAAUCUACCUAGCCUUUUAUUCUAUCAAUAUAUAUAGGUAUGGACAAGGAUAAAGACUCCCACAUACUUCUUCAAAGGUGACAUAUAUAAACAUAGAAAAAUAUCAUGUAUAGUUUCCAUGCCUCCAAGAAAUAUGAGUGGAUCAAAUGCUUCUCUGAGGUCAUUUAUAUUCAUGAUAUGCAAAUAGUAGUAAAAUUCACAUUGUAACCAAACACACCAGGAGAGAAAUUAGCUAACUUCAGUGUUAUUCAAUGUUAUUGAGUCAAUUUUGACAAUUAAAGCACAGCCAACCCUACUGAUUUUCUGAUUGCAAAGACAGAUCUACCUAGCCAAAUCCGAGAGUGUAGAGGGGAAUUCAUGUGCUAGAAUGAUUAUACAGCUCUCUUACUGGAAACUCUUUAUUUGCUUAGAAGGAUCUGGCUCAGAGAUUUUUCGAAGACAUUCUCCUACAUUCUCAAGUUGAAAUAACCUACAUUUAAUUUGCAGAAUUUUUUAUUGGACCUCUUGAAGCCACACGGUUGGGCAAUAGAUAAAUUCUCCAAAGAGAUCUUUCCUUAAACUCUGAUCCUAUAUUUGCAAUGAACCAUCCUCCAAUAUGAAGGUCCCUUUCUUUCCAAGUGGAAGGAACAAUUCUAUUCAAUAACCAAAUAUGUAACCACUUUUCAAAAUAUUUCACCCCCAAAAUAGACUAAAUUAUAUAAAUAUUUAAGAUAAAGCUGUUACGGCCCACAUGUCCAGUUUUGAGAAAAAUAAUUAUCUUACCUUCUUAUACUUGACAUUAAAAUUUGAAAAAUACUCCAAGGAAGAAAUCUUGAAGGAUUUGCCAUUUUUAUGAUGCUCAUAUAAUUGAAGAAUAUGGCUAAAAUAAUGACCUGGGUGAGAAUUAUCUAUGUGGUUGGCAAGAACAUAUUUUAAAAUGAGAGAAUGAGCCAAAAGAAAAUGUGUUAAGAUUUCACCCGAAACUACCCUUGUCUAAGAUAUUUGAAAGUCAUUAUCCUUAAGGAAGAUAGAUUCCCAGUUUUCAGAAAACAACAGUAAAAUUAAAACUUGUAUUCUCAGUUUUUAUAUGAGAAUCAAAGCUGGGAAUACACAAAUUUUGGCUUUGGCAACCAAAAAAUAUGCUUCUGGAACAUUUUUCUGUAUUAUUCUAUUCUUUUGCUGUAUACACUGGACUUGUACAAAUAUCCUAUAAAAAUGCUUUUGAUAAUUUCCUCAUUUUUUAUUGUUGUGAACUUUCUAAAUUUCACAACAUAGUAACUUGAUAACUUCAUUUAUAAAAGGCUCAUUUCACUUUGAUGUUAUUCACACUUCAUAAUUAAUUUGAAUAUUUAAAAUAAUUAAUACUUCAGAUGGGAUAUUGAGCUUGAGUCUAGCCUAAGUAAACAAGUCCAGACAGACCUAUCAGUAGCUAAAAGGCUUCUGAAAUACUGGCCUUUUCAUGCACAGCAAAUAAAAACAUUGUUUUCAAUCUUCUUUUUCAUCAAAAGUUGCCAUUUCAACCAAUGCAAAAACAAAAAGAUUUGAAAUGCUAGUUUGAAGAUUAUUUCUGUGAGAAUCAGACAUGGUUUCAGCAGAAAAUCUCCUCUAUUCCAUCUCUUCCUAGAGCUUAAAUAUACAUAAAUACAAAAAUAGAUGAUGUAUGCCAAAGAACUCAAAUUGCAUUUUCAGAUGUCUAGGAUUACCCUAAAAGCCCAUGUCAGGUUAGUGUUCCUUUUUAUCAGAUCUCUUUCAUACGUGGAAAAAUGGGAGAGAGAUGUGGAAGGAAGCAGAUUUCAGAUUUUUUUUUCCUUUUUAGCUAAAGAUGCAAAUUCAAAGUUGUGUAAAACCUGCUUAGAAUACUGUUAAUUAAAUCUAUUCUUCAAAAAAAUAAGUAGAUUUUAAGAAGACAGAAAUUCAUUUUUCUUCCCUCAGUCGGCAAGCAUUUCUAAUAGAAAUUUCUUGGAUCAAUUAGGGCUCCUUUCUGACUUUCUGAAUUACCCUCUGUUUUGGGCCAUGGGGGCGGCGGAGGGUGGGGAGUGGGCACAUUGAAAACAGCUCUUGAAAAAUAACCCUUCUCUAGGUCAAAUAUUGUGGUAUUAAAAGGCUGAAAUUUUGUAUUUUUCCCUGGAAACAUAGCAGUGAGCCAACAAGCCCUCAUACAUUCAUCAUUAUUUUCUAGAAGUGUGUUUUGGCACGUUGGGAUAAAAAGAAUGGGAUGCCCACCUAAUUCUGCCCCUAAUACCUAAUCAUCUACCACCAUGUAGAUUCUCCAUUAGCUGUAGUUUAGCUUAGAUAUUCUCAACUUAACCAAGCCUCAACUCUCAUGUAUACUGGUUGUCUUAUCCCUAGUUUUGCAAACUAGCCCUUUCAACCAGUUGGUGCAUGAGAUAUCUCCAAGGGGAAGGAUGAGGAGCGGGUAGAAAGUGGGAUGUAACUUUCAUGCCAAGUCACUGGAACCUAUUUAACCAACUGUUUUACUAUAUAUUGGACUCCAUUUGGGACAAUUCUAUUGAAAAUACUAGAAGGACUUUAUUGGUAUUUCAUCAACUAAACUUUUGUGGUACUGGAUCUAAGCAAAGGAUAGCAUCAUGCAAAAAAAUUAAAGUUAUUUUUAUUAGCUACACUGUUGCUACAACUUGGAAGAAUUUCAGUCUAAAAUAAGAACAGUGUUUUGCUGCCAUCACUAAUCCUAUAGGAAAUUUGACAGGCUGAAUCUUCUUUGAGACAGAUGAUGCUAUGGUGAAUGUAUACAUGAGGCUUAAAAUAAUCUUGAUAGUUCUCAGGUUAUUCUCCCAGAUUCUGCAUAGAUUUACUUUCUUAAAACAAAUGAGUCUAUUUCUCAUCAAAAUGGUUUCGGAAUUUUCCCAGUAAGCAUCCAAAGAACCUAUGAGUUUUAGAUUGCAUCAGUGGCUCUGCUUCAGUGUCCACUUUUCUGAUUUCUGACCCUUAAUCCCUGUGCACAUCUUUCAGGAACAACUGCAGAUGGUGAGAGAAAGCCAAAUGGAAGGGCUGUAUUCCCUUUCAAAAGACUAAAUUGACUUUUUACUUUUAAAAAUGACUGUUUCAAAUUUUUAAUUUUAAGGACAAACCCAAGAGAGACGCUUUUAAAUGCCAGAUCUGAAGCAGAUAUUGCAUUUUUGCAAAACUACCAGGAAAAUUUGUCAAUGAUGGAGACAUGGGAUUUACCAACAUCAGUGCCGAAUCACUGCUCUCCCCCAUGCCAUCAUAGAGUAUCAACAAGUGAACAAGAAGUCAGUCAGGAGAGACAGAUCACUAUUAGUUUCAUAAUCACGUCACCAUCAAAUGCUAGAUGGGGUCAGGAAGUAGGCAAAAUAGAUGGGAUCAAUUCUAAUCCUCAUCACCUUGCUCCCCUGCAUGAUGGCUAUGGUCUAUGAGCAUGAGAACAAUGCCAGAAAUACAUUUUUCACUUGAUGUGAAUAUUACCUCCAGAGAUUCUUUUCUGCUCUGAGCUGCAUAUUGCGUUUGACUCAAACAUUUCCAAACAGAGUCAUGCAACUCCAUCACAUACUUGUUGCCUGCUUGGAGAAUUAAUCCUCUUUGCAAACUGGUUGCCAUGGAACCAGUUUUUAAAAACACUGAGAAAGCAACAUAGCUAAGUGAUGAGGAGGAUCCAGUGAUAACUAGUCUAAACUUGUAUUUUUUUUUUCUUUCCAGCCAAUGCACUGACUCUUCAACUCAAAAAAAAAAAAAAUCAUUAUUUCAUUAGUAAAAUGAAAAUAGUAAUUGCAUUGUUAUUGUUUAAAAUUAAUUGAUAAUCUCUUCAGAGUUUGAAGCUUCCACUAACUAAAAAUGAGAUCCAUGGGUAACAUAUGAUUUUACCCAAAGCUGGGGUUUGUUUUGUGAAGAAACCAGAACUGGUUUGGGUCUCUUUAGAGCAAUACACGAGAUAUUUAACAACAUUUGAAAAUAAUGAGGAAGGUUCAGCACAGGCUGCUAGGUUAUAGAGGUGGGCAAGGCUUCUGACAGGCUCUAAAAGUUUUGCUCCUCCAUGGAAGAUUUUAUCUGUCAUGGUUCCCAGUGGAAUAUUUCCCCACACUCCUUCAGUAGGAGACUGACAUGGCUCCAGAAUCUGCCUUUCAUUUUCUAAUUCUCCCAGGAGAAACAGGCAUUCCAGAGGUUGUAAUAUAAAAGAAAAACGGGGGGAAAAAAUAACAGGAGCCUCAUUGGUUGAUCCAGAAAUUUUGUGUAGCACAGACCAUUCUAAUUGUCUCCAUAUUACUAUUACUAAAUGGCUUUUUUAAAGUGACUGCAACACACCUAGGAAAAAGAUUUGAGGAGCUAUUUCUAACCCUUAAUCAAAAGUCAGAAAUUACUUUGAUGACAGGAUCUUAAAGUUGCUUCAUCUUCCUGCUUAGUCCUCGCAAAUCAAUAGGGAUUGAGCAAUGCAGAAAGUGUUUGGACAGUACUCAUGAAUUAGAAUUCAGAUCUGGGUACUGGAGCUAAAUAAAUAUCAACUGGCAAAUUACCUGAGGAAAAAGAAUCAGAAAGAAGUUAAACCCAAAAGGGCACAGUUUAACAAAUCUGUCCUCCAAGAUCAUUGACUUAUUUUAUGUUCAGUUAAAACUUUUUAAAAAACAUAUACAUAUAACCAAGGUAAUGGAGUCAUGUUUAAAUCAAAUGUCAGUCUAUCACAUUUUUUAAAUCAUACAAUCCCAUAAACUUUAAGCAUUUAUUUUGGGCAGAGUAUUAUAGGCACCCAAAGAUAAUAUGAAGAAUUCAAGACAAGGUAAUUUCAAGAAAAUUAACACUAGCCCUGAAUUUAGUCAGGAAGAGUCCAGUUGUGACACUUUAAUUAAAUUAACCUUCCAUUUUUGGUCUAGAGAUAUUUUGUCAAUUUGAGACUGCUUAAUGGGGUCAGGCUGAAACAUAUCAAGGAAUCUUCCUUAAAUAGAAAUAGAACCAUUCAUUUUCCUAACUUCACAUUCUGUCUUUCACCAAUGAGAUAAAUGAAUUUAGACAUAUCCAAUGUCUGCCAUGCACCAAAGUCUAUAGGAGAGUGACAUCCAGUCUUAUUUCAACAUUUCAAGUUGGGGAAAAACUUGUUCUGAAGAUCAUUGGCCUCCUCGUUACUGCAUUUUUUUUUUCCUACCACGUGUUGAUAUUAAUUCAUCACUGGUUUUCUUUGUCUGCUGCUCUUUUGACUUUGAGGUAUCUGGCUGUAUCUCAGGGAGUCCCAACUCCAGCUGUCACCUUUUAACAGCCAAGUAGAGAAGACCUUAGUCCCUAUGUCUGAGGACACAAUGUCCUCUUCAUUCCAACAUCAAACAGUCCCCAGGGAGGAGGCCCCAAAGGCUUUCCUCUUUUGAAAAUUAGAAUUUGUUUGAGGAUUAUGAAUCUUGAGCUCUCUAAGACUUGAAUUUCCUCAUCAUUAAAUGGAGGACUUCAUCUUUCACUUGGUUUUCCAGAACAUACCAAGCCCUAUAUGAUCCAUGGUUCCUGUUAUCAACCCAGUGGGUAUGGGUUGAAGGUGCUUUAGGUUGUGAACCAGUUGGUCCUCAUAAAAUGCCUUGUGGUACUUGAUUACCAGUGUAAAUGUCAAGCCAAGAAAAUCAUAUUAAGUCUGAUAGGCAUUUACGCACUACUGAAAAAAUUUCCCUUCCCUAAGGAGAGUAAAAAAUGUCUCCCUUUGCAGUAUGCCAACAACAGAACAUUUAAAGAGUUGGGAGUGCAUUCCACAUCAGUGACUUUCCUAAGGUUGAAUCUGUGGUUCUUCUAAAUGUAAACUGUGACUUCACACAGUUUCCCACAGUAAUUCUACUUUUUCAUUUUUUUGUACUUAAUUACAACUGACUGACAGCAGUGAUUUCAUACUAAAGUGUGUACAUACAAACAGGAUGCACAUUGACCAGGAGAAAGAUGUUAAAAGAUAGAGUAUUCUAAAGGAAGAUGAAAAAAGGAUUGCAUUUGCUAUGGAUUCAAAUGUCGUUUAAACACCUCUCUUGUUAUGGAGAAAAUGAAUCCUGAAAAACAUUUUACAAAAAGAUUUCAAUCCCAUCCCUAGCAAUCAUCUGGUUUGCCACAGCCCAAAUGUCUCAUUAGCAAUCUGAAAUUGCACACGGUUGGAGAAAAUAUAGCAAGAGGAUAUAGACACUGCCAUGGGGAAAAGAAAAAGAAAAAAGGAAAAAAAGCAACUGUGACUAACUCUGCUUAUGUAAACAAGGAAUGUCUUAGUGGAAUACAUGUAAGCUUUCUCCUGAAGGAAUCCCAGUUAGAAUACCAUCAGAAAUAGCAAACCCAUUUCAACAUCACAGCAGUAAUAUAUGCCAAUUUUAUUAGCACUGAGGCACAAAGCCACAUUUGUCAGGGGGAAAGGUAAACAAAAAUUCCCAACACUGCAACUGAUAAAGCCACCUUUCAAGAGCAGUUGUUGAGAGAGAAAUUUAAAAGGUAGUAUUUUUGUCAUAACUAUAGUAAUGUCUAGUAAUGUCUCUGACUUCCACCUAGGGACAAAAUUACUUUUACUUCUCCCAUUAUAAGUUUUUAUAUAGAGCUGAUAUUCCACAGCAGUAGGCAUCCUAUUUUUAUAUUUUGUUAAGUACCUCUCAUUUAAUUUGACCCCCAUUUCACAUUUGAUUAGAAAAUCCUAAACUGGAAACAUAGAUUUUUCUGCCUUUUUAAAAAACAAAUCUGCACCAUAAGCAUUUUCUAGAGAUGACUGCCUUAAGCCAUCCUGAUAGCCCUGUCAAUCAGUGACAGGUGCGUGGAUUAAGGCGCGAACCUGUAAAUGGACUGAAAUUUCCUUCUGCACCAGGAGCUGCCUCUUCACACAAACUCAUGUCUCUUCUUCCUCAACCCCUUGUGCCAGCCCAGCCUCUUGAACUGACCCAGGUCCACCUGUCAGUCAAAAGAACCGCAACUUCUAAUUACACGUGUUGACAGCUUGUCCAACUGAAUUUCGCAUCGAUGGAAUUUCACGGAGUGCCUUUAGUGUUCUUGCUUCCUCUUUACUCCUUUAUAUAGGUCCUUGCAUUAGAUGGACUUUAAAAAGUAUUUUACUAGAAAAACCCAACAUAAUUUUGUGUUCGGGGAAGAAACUGUGAACAACCUUAGCUAUUAUAAUCACUCUGAGAUAAUAGGGACAAGAAUUUCACCUGUGUGGCAAGAGGAGCCAUUUAAUACUAUUCCUAAAAUAAUAUUCUCUGAAGAAAGGCCAUAGAGUCUUCCUGAAAUAGUUUUUUUGGGACUCAAAUCUAAUACUGUAUAAAAGGCACAUUCCCUUCAGAGGAAGGUCAUAGGUUAGAGCAUGAGUUUGUGUCACAUUUUACAUGGAUUUGCUGCAUAUGCAAAUAUAGGACUUAAACUUUGGAAUCUCUGUUUCUCAAAAAUUAAACUGGCACCAGUGGAAUCUGUCCCUUGACUACAUUAUAAGAAUGACUUGGGAAAAAUCCAAUACUGAUCUUCACAUUCUAAAUGGAAAAGCUUUGUCCUGGGAGCACAAAUAACUGGUGUGUUUUAAAAUAAGCUGCUACAGGGGUUCUUAACACCUGGUCCCCAACAAGAAAGCAGAAGCAGCAACUUUGAAAUUUGAUAGGUGUCUAAAUUCUCUGGUGCCACCUGAGGCCCUAACUCAGACCUACGAAUCAGAAAUUCUGGGAGUGAGCCCCGCACUGUGGGUUUUAACAAGCCCUUGGGAUGGUUCUAAAGUUAUGUUCAAGUUUGCAUGGUCAAGAAAAAUUCAUGUCACGCACAGUUUAACUCUGUCUCCUCAUAGGAAGAAGCUUUAAAGCUUAAAUGAUCAGUUCCACCUAGGCCCAGCCCAUUCUGAUAUAUGGACAGAAAUAUCCACCAAUCCAAUGUAAAAUACAAUUUAAAGGAAAAUUGAUCCUAACAAACACUCCUUACUUGUGUAACUGAGCUUCAGGCAGGAUCUCCAAUCAAAGAGAUUUCUCAUCAGCUUUUCUAGUUCUUUUUUAAAACCAACAGCUAAUCUGCUUUGCCUGACUGCCAGGGUCUAGAGAAUGACCUUGGACACCUGUUUCUUGAUUAGCUCUGGCCCAUUUGCCUUAAUGCUAAACCGACAUUUAACAGAACCGAGUUAUAGUUAAUGACAAGGUCUACUAGUUUGAAGAGACGGUAUGGACAGAACUAAAAUGACUACUGAUUCCAAGUGAGCUUUGGUUUUAGGAGAUAGUUUCAAAGGCUCACAUAGCUCAUAAAAGCUGGAAACCACAGAAAGAGUAGACAUCAAUCUCAAGACCCCUGGGAGCUUUUUCCUAGGCUUAUUUGAAUUGGUGCAGAACCAGACUGGAGAGCCAGCAAGUGAUUUUGCUUCUAAAAAUGGCUUAGUAAGGGAGUUUAAGAUAGUAGGUUACGUGUGUGUGCAUAUGUGUGUAUGCUUCCUUAAUUCAAACCUGAAAAUAACACAUUAACAGCUACUUCAAACAUCCAUAUGUAUUGUGGCCCCUCCUGUUGAUCCAGAAAAGUAAAUUCAAAGUUGGCAAAAAAGAGGCCUCAAAUAGAAUCUCAACAGUAAUAUUUUGAAGAAAAAUGUUAAACUAUCUUUCCUUAGAAGGAGUCAGACUGGUCAGAUACCUUCAAAUGACUGCUAUUUUUCAGGAAUUACUGAAAAAGAUAACUGAUAUAUCAUAAUGUUCUACUUGCUUCUCUAAAAUCUGUCGACCUGGUCAAAGUUUGAGCAUUUGGGUGUCCCAUCCCACGUUCUGCCUCUGACAGCUUUUUCUCACUGGCUCUUCCCUGAUGUGACCUGACCAUCACAUAGCCCCAGCUAAAGCACAGUCUCUCCAUCCUCUGUCCCCACCCCCGUGCCCAUCUCCAUCUACAUAUUGUCUUUCAUUCAAAGUUAAAGGCUCACUGAGAAGAUACUUCUUAGAAUAAUCACCAAAUGUCAAGAUGCUUUUGAGGGGACAUGCACUUUUGUAGGGGAGGGGCUGGAUCACACUGACUGGGACUCACUCAGGUCCAGCACCUUGACCUCUCUUCCAAAACUUUGCAGUCCACAAGGCCAACUUAUAGCGGUGGCUAGCCUUUGUCCACAUCCUUGGUUUUUGUGAUUAACUCAAGUCUUAAAUCUUGAAACAAACCUGGAUCAAAAUUUUCUCUCAGAAAGGAGUUCCCACUGGGGCGCAAAGGGAUCGGCAGCAUCUCUGCAGCACCAGGACACAGGUUUGAUCUCCAGCUGGGCAUAGCAGGUUAGGGGUUCAGUGUUAAGUGUAGGUUGCAGCUUCAGCUCAGAUCUGAUCCCUGGCCCGGGAAAUCCAUAAGCCAUGGGUGGCCAAAAAAGAAAAUACUCUCAGAAAGCUUAGGAAAAUAAGUUACAUCUUCUAAGGCCCUUUUAACCUAUAUGGUACCUUAAAAAGGCCUUGACAUUAGAAGGUAACAGAUAAUAUCCUGGCAGCUUUUGCCUUUCAGUGCCAUUCAGAGUGAUUUUCACAGGCCAGUGGUGCAAUUUAACCCUUCUAAUAAGCCAUAAUAAUAGUUGUUGGCACAACUGUUAUUACAAUGGGGACUUCCCUGGAUUUCAUCUAUUAAUUUGCGUAGACAGUAGGAAGCUCACACUGAGAGACAUUUUGAGCUUCCUAGAUGAGGGCAACAGAAGGAACCAGGACCUUGUACAGACUGUAUAUCUGCACAAAACAUAGUUCAUGCCCUGGGAGUGCCCUGUGAGGGGCAGGUGAGAUGGGAGAAUUCAAGGAGGAAACAUUUAGAACAUCUCCUUUGUCUUUGAUGCAAUUCAUUCCCACUGAAUAAGCUUGGUGGAUACUUUGAUAGUGAACUUAACUCAUUCUAGCUAGCACAACAGGCAAUCCUUAAAAAAAAAGGGAGGCAGGACAUUGUGUCAAAGGUGCCUCUUCCUGAGAGGUGACAAUUAAUUCCCUGUAAGAGACAGAAGAAAAAAAAAAAAAA